AUGGGAGGAGCUUCUGGACCAAAAACGUACAUGGGAUGGUGGGGAUCCAUGGGUGGACCCAAGCAAAAGUAUAUCUCUCAGUACACCGUCUCUCCAUUUGCCACCAGACCUAUGAAAGGAGCUGCUUAUAAUGCUGUUUUCAACACCUUCAGAAGAACUAAAAAUCAGGCACUUUAUGUCAUUAUUCCCGCUGUGAUUGUGUGGAACGUGUGGGCUCGUGCCAGAGACUACAACGAGUACUUGUACACGAAGGAGGGUAGAGAGGAUUUGGAGAAGGCCAAUGCAUAG